GUGUUUUAUCUCGCUACAUGACCCUGUGCGCAUGUGUAAUGCGCCGCAUACGUCACUAUCUGGUUUGUACGCUGGGGAAGAGCGGGAGAUAGAAAUCCAGGAGCGCGGACAGACUGGCCGCCCCGCUGUAGCUGGCUACAGGCUGCGACUUUUAACAUUCAACACAGCAGCAGCGAGCCUCCACCACCGCGGACCUCUUCACAAAGACAAUAAACACGCGGAAUACAACCAGAUAACACCGAAUAUACGCGCAUAUGACGUGCAGCAACGGCAGGACAAACCACAGUCUGAACGUAAACAACAGAAACAGAGGGAAAUGUCCUGGUGGCCGCGCGGUGAGGAUGGAGAGGAGGCCAUGCAUCAAGACACUGACUCUGAUGUGGCAGAACAGAGAGACGGUGGGAAAGUGAAGGUGAAAUGGACACAAGAAGAGGAUGACAAGCUCAAGGCUUUGGUUCAAAAAGUGGGGCAGAAUGAUUGGAAAUAUAUUGCCAGCUUCAUACCAAAUCACACUGAACAUCAGUGUCAGCACCGCUGGUUUAAGGUCCUGGAUCCAGAACUGGUUAAAGGUCCUUGGACCAAAGAGGAAGAUGAGAAGGUUAUAGAGCUUGUACAUCUCUAUGGCAACAAACAGUGGGCUGUGGUAGCCAAACAUCUGAAGGGCAGGCUGGGGAAGCAGUGUAGAGAGCGCUGGCACAACCACCUCAAUCCCAAUGUGAAGAAGUCGUCAUGGACAGCCGAAGAAGACCUCAUCAUCUACAAGGCUCACUGCCUGCUCGGAAACCGAUGGGCUGAGAUUGCAAAGCUGCUCCCUGGGAGGACGGAUAAUGCAGUGAAGAAUCACUGGAAUUCGACCAUCAAACGCAAGUUAGAGAUGGGCUUCUAUGCCGGGGAGGUCUUUAAGCCAAAUGAACUGGAAGAGCUGUUGGCCCGUGUUAACAAAGAUAUGCAGAUGCCCAGUUGCUCUCAAGAUGGUGCAGACAAGGACCCAGAGCAGAAAACACAACCUUCAUUGCAGGAAACGCCAGUCUCAGCCUGUGUUAAAGCCAGCCCCAGCAAGCCAGGUCCUUCACAGUCUGUCCCCUCUCCAAAGGACAGUUUAAGCCCCAAGACUGAAGCAGACACCUCAGGAGAAAUGAACGGUACCAACUGGGUGGUGGACAGCUCCGGCUUUCUCUCCCCCACUGGCCCAGCACUGAAGGAAGUACUGGACAUGGUGGAUGGGGACAUCGAUGGCUGGUGCAACCUGGCAGCCUUCGACCUGCCUGAAGACAGCCCGAGCCCAGAACGCCACCAGUUCCGUCUGGAAGGUAGCGCCUUGCAGGAGUUAAGCAAAGGUAGCAAGGGAGAACUCAUCCCCAUCUCUCCUGGAGGGGUCACACCGCCCUCCAUACUGAACCGCCGCAGCCAGAGACGCAUCGCCUGGUCUCCUGAUGCCAAUACCUUAAUGACUCCCAAGAGCACCCCUGUCAAAAUCUUGCCCUUUUCUCCAUCUCAAUUCCUCAACAUGUGGACCAAGCAGGACAGUCACGACCUGGAGAACCCGUCCCUCACGUCCACGCCGGUGUGUAGCCAGAAAGCCAUUGUUACAACACCUCUACAGCGAGACAAGACCCCACUCACUCAGAAGGAAAACUCAGCAUUCGUCACACCCAACCACAAGUCGGAGCUCUGUACGACACCACGAACUCCCACGCCGUUCAAAAAUGCCAUGGAGAAAUACGGACCUCUGCAACCUCUGCCUCAGACUCCUAACCUUGAAGACGACAUAAACGAGGUCAUCCUGAGAGAAGCCGGGAUUGACUUGGUUGUUGUACGCACAACUCCACCUGAGCAAAGACGCAAAACAAUGCAUCGCCCUCCUAUGAAGAAAGUGCGGAAGUCAUUGGCCCUAGAUGUCGUGGAUUGCCAGGUGAUGCCUACAUCCAAACGCAAAUCCAAGACUGAGGCCAAACACAGCAUCAAGGAAGAACCUGUGAUGGUUUCUCUGAACUCCUCGUCAUUUUACAGUAAGGGGCAUGAAAAUAUUUUGGAUCAGGGCUUCCUUUUGGGACCUAGUGACAGUGCCAUAUUUCCCAGCACGGUGCCCCCAACUCCUAUGUCAAAAGAAUGGGAGACGGUUGUGUGUGGACAAACUAAAGACCAGCUCAUAAUGACAGAGAAAGCAAGACGCUACCUUCGCUCGCUAAAAUCACACACUCCCAACAGAGCUCUGAUUUUGUCCUGAGAUGUCUCUCAUCUUUACUUCAACAUGUUACACACGGAACAUUUUCUUGCUGUUGUUGUUUCUUCCUGACUUUCUGCUGUUGUACUUUGUGGUGAAGAAAAGUACAUGUCCUGUAGAUUUAAUACAGUUUUUUGAACAAGUCAUUAGUAAUCAAAACCUUAACAGUAUAGCUCUGUUAAUAACUUUAGCAGGGACAAUUUGAGAGAGAAAGGUGCUUUUAGAUUUAGUCUCAUUCCAAAGGCCUCACAUGAGGCCUGAAAAACAAAGUAUAAAUUACAUUUCAUUGUAUUAUUGUCACUUAAACAUAUUUGAAAAGAACAAUUAAUGUAAAAUUGAAAACAAAUCACGGCUACUUUUGCUAUCGGUGAAAGAGAUGGUUUUACAUUGCAUAAUGUGUCUGUGUAAUUAAACAGUAUUUUAAAGUUGUGGAGAGCACAAACACUCAGGUUGCACCUCCGUAUGUAAAAAUCAGUUGUAUAACUAAUUCAGACAAGUUGAUCAGUAAUGCCUUUAGGGAUGAGGGAUCCAUGUUGUUAAAAUGUUGAGUGAACAUUGUCUUGUAUGAUCUGUUUAGCAUGUGUGUACAGUAAUGAUAUGCAGGGUGAGGACCUGCCUCAUACAGGAGUACAGUAGACAUCCGACAGGUGAAAUGUUAUGCUUGCAGGAAUGGGUGGUGUACAGUUGAUGGCAAGGGCGUACAUAACAUGUUAUUGGCACUGUAUGUAAAUAUUUGGUGUUGUAUGUUUUUACUUCAUCAUACAAGUUUUUGCUAAGAAUUUAAAUAAAAGAAUUGUAUGUGUAA